GGCCUACAGCUUCCAGCCGAACCCAUAAACAAAGCACGCAACUUGGGAGCGAGCGAGGGGCCGCACAGCUAGCCAUCGAUCGAGUAGCCAGGCCACCACAUCGCCGUCCUCGCUAGCUGGCUGUGUCAACUGCAGCGACGACGAAACGAACGAUCGAUCUCGCCGGCUGGCUGGCUAGCUGCUCCUCCUAUAAAUCCCCGGCUCCCAGCCGUCCCCCUCCGAUACCGUCAUCUCACCACACAAACGCAGGCACACAAACACAGAGAGCAGCCCAAACCGACCAAAAUCACUGCAGAGUUCAGGCACUUCUUCAGAUAGUUCUCCCCCUCUGUUUCUUUCUCUCUUUAUUUCUUUCUCGAGUUCAGUUUGAGAGAUGGAUUUGGCGUGGUGGUUCGCGGUGGCCGUGGUGGUGUGCGGCCUUGUGGGGGGCGGCAGCGCCGGGCUGCUGGAGACCAACCCGGGUUUGGCGUACAACUUCUACCAGAAGUCGUGCCCCAACGUGGACUCCAUCGUCCGCAGCGUCACCUGGGCGCAGGUCGCCGCCAACCCGGCGCUCCCCGGCCGCCUCCUCCGCCUCCACUUCCAUGACUGCUUCGUCCAGGGGUGCGACGCGUCGAUCUUGCUGGACAACGCCGGGAGCGAGAAGACGGCGGGGCCGAACCUAUCGGUGGGGGGAUACGAGGUGAUCGACGCCAUCAAGACGCAGCUGGAGCAGGCGUGCCCCGGGGUGGUGUCGUGCGCGGACAUCGUGGCGCUCGCCGCGCGCGACGCCGUGUCGUACCAGUUCAAGGCGUCGCUGUGGCAGGUGGAGACCGGGAGGCGCGACGGGCCCGUGUCUCUGGCGUCCAACACCGGCGCGCUGCCGUCGCCGUUCGCCGGGUUCAGCACGCUCCUCCAGAGCUUCGCCAACCGCGGGCUCAACCUGACCGACCUCGUCGCGCUCUCCGGCGCGCACACCAUCGGCAAGGCCAGCUGCUCCAGCGUCACGCCGCGGCUGUACCAGGGGAACACCACCUCCCUCGACCCGCUGCUCGACUCCGCCUACGCCAAGGCGCUCAUGUCGUCGUGCCCCAACCCGUCGCCGUCGUCGUCCACCAUCGACCUCGACGUCGCCACGCCGCUCAAGUUCGACAGCGGUUACUACGCCAACCUGCAGAAGAAGCAGGGCGCGCUGGCGUCCGACGCCGCGCUCACCCAGAACGCCGCCGCGGCGCAGAUGGUGGCAGACCUCACCAACCCGAUCAAGUUCUACGCCGCGUUCUCCAUGUCCAUGAAGAAGAUGGGACGCAUCGACGUGCUCACCGGCAGCAAAGGGAAUAUCAGGAAGCAGUGCCGCUCCGCCUCCUGAAUCCUGACGAUCACCAUACAAACAUAUUUUCUUCUUGGUUUCUUGAAUUUUUUUUUCUUCUUCUCCUCUCUCGUUUCAUCGGCGCUGAUCAAAAUAUAUUGUGCGCCAUGAUGAUUAAUUAAGGUCCCAAGAUCUGUAUUAAUUUGUUAAGUGCUCGAUUCGAUCGUUCAAGGUGUGACAUUUUGUUCAUCUUGGCCUUCGUCGCGCGAUCUAAUCGAAGAAUGAAAGAAUGCAGCUCGUUCUUUCCACUGCUGCUUCAAACAAA